AAGAGCAUGCUGCUCAGUUCGUACCAUACCGUACAGUAAUAGGGUUCUUUCAUGCUGUAAUAGCUUUCGUUCCUUGCCGUACCGGUACCUUACGGUAUGUUAGCCGAAGACAGAUAAGCAACACAAAACCAAACACAACAUUUUCGCUCGGUCUCUGCAAUUUGAUAAUCCGCACAUGCGACCAACAGCGAUGAAAGAUUGCAACUUGAACGUCUCGACGAGGAUCUGUCGCGUACCGCGCAUUCUGGUCCUUGUCGUUACGACGAUGCUACUGGGACCAUACCAAACACACACCGUUCAUUCGUUCGCGCCCAUGGCAACCGACGUCGCGAGAAGCAGAACAGUUGCCCUCGAGGCUACCACAAACAGCAACUGCAGCAGAAACGCGGAUAACGGCAUCGAUAAUCGAAGAUCCUUCGUGUCCUCCAUUCUUUCGUCUGCCGCGGUGGCCACACUGAGUGUCGUGAUCGCCCCCCAACCGUCGCUGGCCGCAAAGCGCUAUGUCCUCGACGACGAGACGGGCGAAUACAUCGAACAGGAAGACGAUGGAAACUGGCAAGCCGAAUGGAAGUCUCGCUACGAGCAAAUGUCGACAAUGAGCAAGGAUGAGAUCUUUGUUGCGGCUCGGGGAGCCGGGAACACAAACCUGAAAGACCUCGAGAAUGAGAGUCCUGCCUCCAAGAAACGACGGGCCUUCAGCGGCUGCCGCGACAAGCCCACCCGAGCGAAACUCGGAAACAUUGACGAGAAGUCGUGUACCAAGCGCGUCUUAGAUGGUGACAUAGACUUUGUCCUGGGUGCCCUUUGAGGUGAUGAAAUGCGAUGCGAUUUGAUGCCAAAAAUUGGGUGACAAAGAGUGAAGUGCGAAAGGCGUGGAAUUCAACAAACCAUGACAUGGUACGGGCCUUCGAUGCUACAACAGCUAUAAACAUAAUGCAGCAUA